AGUUACCUGUCUGAUUUAAUGGAGCCACUGUAUGACGGAGACUCUCCAUCAAACAAUUCAUGUCACCACUGCUGCAGGAAAAUUCAACAGUUAGAAAGGGAUAUACAGUCUUUCCGUUCAAAGUUAGAUGACAUAUGAUGCUGAAACUUAACCAAUCACAUACUGUUAACCUCAAUGUACCAAAGCAGGUGCAAGAAGUAGCACAGAGACCAGCACAGAGACCAAUUACUCCGGACAAUAUACCAACAUCUUCCUUACAUCAACAAGUGAUGUUGAUUGUUGGUGAGGAGAAACGGCUUGUAAAAGCUAUAACAAAGGCCAUGAGGGGAAUGUUCGCAACUGCAGAGCUAGUUGGUUGCUCAAUGAAGGGUCAGGCAACGAGCAAGGUCCCAAAUCCAAGACCAGGGCUUCCUGAAGACAGGAGAAAUGCAAUCAUUGAUGUCGAUCCUCUCAAGGAAACUGGAGGUUCCAGUGCAGGAAGUGGAAAAUAAAAUGCGAAGUGCAUUAAGAAGACUGUGUGCCAUGUAUUCAGGAAAUGCCAAAUAAACAAAAUGACAAAAUAAGUGCUGUUAAAAGUGUAAAUAUGUGAUAUAUGACUAAAUGCAAAUAUUCGAGAUUUCGUUAUUUAAUUUAAGUGCCGAAUAAACUGAAAACCAAGAAAGUGCUGUAAAUAUGUGCUAUAUGACUGAAUGCAAAUGUAGAGUAGAUUUUAUUUAAUUUAUAUUAUUCUGUUUAAAAAAAAAACUUGUUCAGUUAAAAUAAAUAAAUUUGUUUAGUAAAAAUUAAUGAAAUAGUUUUUUUCCUUAAUAAUUUGUCUUGUUACUUUUUAAAAUUCUUUUUGACAUUGAACAGAAGAUGGCAAAAGUUUCUUCUAUCUGUUCACCUUACAGCUUGAAAGUAAUUUAUGUAAACAGUGCUUACUUUUGGUGUGAUUGAAAAUGCAUAUUUUCAUCUUCAAGGUUUGUGGAAAGCAUGGUAUGUAAAAUUUACCUUCGAUAUUAAAUAAUAUGCCAAAACAAAAAAUUACAGAUUUUUGUUUUAGAAAAAAAAAACAUACAUUUACUGUUAAAAGCGAACAUUUAACAAAGAUAAUAUACACUUUUUGAUAGUAAAAAAUGUGCAUUACGUGCAGAAAAAAUACAGAUUUAGUGCAAGAAAAAUGAACUUUUUUAUUGAUUUAGCGCAUUUUUUUUUCAAUAUAAAAACACAUUUUUAGUGCAUAAAAAAUGAACUUUAAAAAGUCCAUUUUUAACACAGUUAAAGCAUACUUGUUGAAAAAAUACACUUAAAGCGAACAAAAAAUGUACUUUUAGCACAAUUAAAACAUACUUAGAAAUACACAUAAAAUGAACAAAAGAAAUGUACUUAAAAAAUACACUUUAGUGUAUUAAAAACAUACUUGUUGAAAAAUUCACUUUAAAUGCAGAAAAAACGCAGUGCCAAUACCACAAACUUUUAGCACACUUAAGUGCAUUUUCAAUAAGUUUAUUUUUAUUAUGAAAAAAUAAACUUUUAAAGUACUUUUUUGCGCACUUACAGGGCAGUUAAUAUCUUUUAAAAAAGUUUGUUUAAGUGUGUUUUUUAUUUGCAAAAAGUAAAUAUAAAAAACGCAGUGCCAAUACCAAACACGUUAAAUGUACCUUUAACAAACACUUUGAUGUUCGCAAUAUAUAUGUUUAACCUGCGUUAUGUGCACUUAUUUUGGAAAUUCCGCUAAAAUUGAGUUGUCCGCUUUAAACUUGAAUGACUAAGUAGGAAGUUUAAU